AUGGCGAUUUCAGACAAAGUAACAGGAAAUUUAACAACGUUGUACCUAGCAAUGAUAGGUGCAGUGAAGGCCUACGGAUUAAUGACUGGUAGAAACUUCAGUGGUUGUUUCGUGCUGUUUUUUUCGACAGCUGCAGUUGUUGUGGUCUUGAUUGCAAGUUUAACGUGGGAUAUAUCUCUCAAGGCAAGAAAUGCUAUGACUCGUGAUGAUCAUCCUCAGGUUUAUCAACAUGGUCAUGAAUUUUGUCGUGGUGGCAUCUGCUGGCACGGCGUCGCCGUCAGUUCCCCGGCGUCUCAAGUCCGUUUCCAGCUUCCUCAGAACCGUAUCUAA